AAAAGUAAAGAAGAAACAAAGUACUAAAGAAAAAGAAAAAAAAGAAAAAAAAAAGGUAAUAAAGAGUCUCACAGAGUAUCUCCGAUCAUCAUCGUAGUGAAGAAGCCUGAGAUCUUACACCUACAAGGCUACAACGGCUCUUGAGUGAAGACAAUCUCGCUUGUCGCUACUCAGCUGAAUAAAGCAAAUGGCAGAAGCAGCGGAAAAGGCAGCUUUCCUCGGUGGUCUUGUUGUCACGUUCAAGGAGCAAAUGCACACUGAUGUUCUUGUUAAUCCUGGUGACCAAGGUUCACCCUUACCAGCUCACAAAGCCGUUCUCGCGGCAAGAUCAAAGGUCUUCAGGAACAUGUUAGAUUCUGAUGAAUGCAAGACCUCAGCCGAGGAAUCAAUCACUCUCCCUGAUUUGACCCACGACGAACUCAAAUCUCUUCUCGAGUUCCUCUACAGCGGAAACUUAAAAGCUCCAUACAGCCAAUACAGAGCGCUCUAUCUGGCUGCUGAUAAAUACGACAUUUCAUAUCUGCAAGAGGUAUGCAGAAACCAUUUCAUUGCAUCUCUGAGCUCGAGGAACGUCCUAGACACCUUAGAGCUCGCCAGUGUGCCUUGUGAUACACUCUUGAAAGAAGCGGCCAUCAACCAUAUUGUAAAACAUAUGGAAGAAGUGGUUGUUCCCAUGAAAUACGAGACAUUUGUGCAGAGGAACCCGGAUCUAAGCGUGGAGAUCACUAGGGCUUAUCUAAGAGAGACCAAAGCCAAACUCAAAGAUCAUGGAGCUCCUUCCCUUGGUUAUAAUCGCCCACGCAUGUUCUGAUGAACAAACACCUUGUGUAAGUGGAUCGAUGAGUGCUUUUUUUCUUCUUGUAAGAUUGAAAAUUGUUAGUAAAGACUUGUUUUAUGGAUUAUCUCAACGUGUUAAAAUGAUUCAUGUAGCAGCCUUUUUUUUA